GCAGCCUGAGUCCUAUGAUCGACUGGCUCCAAGUUUGGUUGGUGCAGUGUUAGUGGUUCCUGGCAGUGGCACAGCACAGCAGUGCAGCUCAAAGCCACCUCAGCUCGGGCUGCGCUCCUGCCACGUACAAAGCCCGAGUCAGCAUCUGGUCUUUGACACGCGUAACACCACGCAGUCUGCUUGCGCACUCACUACUCUUACUACACCUUCAUUCAGCUCUGUAAAAAAUUCAACUCUCGCUUUCUGUCUUGCCGGAUUCGCUUUCUUGCACGACCGCUGCCAGUGCGAAGCGAAGGAAAUAGACAAUUACACCCGAAACGGAAUCCCUUGCAUCUAAUCUGCAACCCGGCAAUCUGGCACCCUUCAUCUCGCCGAGCCGUCCAGUUUGCUAUCCGAAGACUCCCCUACUACGACCAUCGCAGUUCAUCCGCUGCCUCCUUCCUUGAUCCAGGUCGGGUUCUCCUCCCUCGCUUUACCUGCAUCUGCCCUGUGGGCGAGAGAAGCACUACAUCGCACGGGAACUCCCUAAAGAACACUUCUCCGGGCUCGAACACGGUCUGCUUUAGAACUCACCUCAGGGAUGAGCAUCACUUCUGGAAACUAAACCAACUUCGGCCCUUCGUUGCUCUGGGCGUCCACAACAGUCAUUUGAAGAGUCGAUCAGCCUUUGUCCUUCAUUUCGGUGUCGGUCGGUCGCAAAAAUCUACAUACUGGCACAGCAUCGCCUGCGCUUUACCGGCUUCGACGUCUGUGCUCGAUUGUUGUGUCUGCCAGCCAAUCUUUUAACACCGCGAGUCGUCCUAUACUUGGUCUUCAACAACACGCAAAUGCAUUGAUACAUAUCUAUCGCAACUAAUCAUUGAGUUCGGUCCGUCGCUAGUCGCCUGUCCCGUUCGGCUUCUCCCUCUCCGACACGAUGGCGGCCAACGAUUAUUACAACGAGGCUUAUAUGGCGCAGUCGCAACAACCAAGACCUCAGUAUAACAGACCAGUGUCUCACAUCGCCUUUGCCUAUAAUUCCUCUCAGAAUGAUUCCACCUUCGAUCUUGCCAAUCGUCCGCAGCAGGCAUAUAGUCCGCAACAACCCCAUGCAAACUACUAUCAUCAGCAAAACAACCCGCCCCAGAAAUCGGCGUACUCCGACAACAUACCUCUCAAGCACAACCCCAGACUUAAUACAAACGCCGACGACUGGCGAAAUCAGCCGACUCAGUAUCCGCCCUCUCCCGAGUCGCCCUCACAGACUCAGUUACUCCAAAAAGGAGGGAAGAAAAAGGCUGGUUGGUUCUCUGGCAAAAUACCCUGGGUAGUGUACACCCUGAGCCUGGUACAAAUCACGGUCUUCAUCGUUGAGAUUAUCAAAAACUCGAUCAUUACUGGAUCUCCCAUCAUGAUUCAUCCCCAGUUUAACCCGAUGAUUGGCCCCUCGACCUAUGUCCAAAUUAAUAUGGGUGCGCGAUUCGUCCCUUGUAUGCGUGUUACCCCUGGAGUCCAAGACAGCUCGGAACCUAUCAAUUGGCCAUGCCCGAACACGACCACAUCCGAUGCAAAUGCAGCAAGCAAUCAUUGUGACCUCAAGGCCCUGUGCGGGUUUUCCGGCUUCAGCAACGAGCAUCCAAAUCAAUGGUUCCGAUUCAUUGUGCCCAUGUUUCUGCACGCUGGCCUCGUUCACAUUGCUUUCAACCUUAUGCUACAACUCACCAUGGCGCGGGAGAUGGAAAAGGCAAUCGGCAGUAUCCGAUUCGCUUUGGUUUAUUUCAGUUCAGGCAUCUUUGGGUUUGUACUGGGCGGAAACUUCGCGGCCAGCGCUAUCGCAUCAACUGGAGCAUCAGGUUGUCUGUUUGGUGUACUGGCGUUGACACUGCUGGACUUGAUCUACGGCUGGAAUGAACGACGGAGUCCCGUCCGGGAGCUGAUGUGGAUUCUCGUUGAUGUUCUCAUCUCUUUCGUUCUUGGGUUAUUGCCGGGUUUGGACAAUUUCUCGCACAUCGGCGGGUUUCUCAUGGGCCUUGCGAUGGGUAUCUGUAUUCUUCAUUCUCCCAACAUCCUUCGCAAACGCAAUGGGGAGGUCAGCGCGGCGCCUUACCGAAACGUGGGCUCCGAGCCCGAUAUCAGCAACCCCAAGAAUCCUAUGUUGGCCGCUUCGACGCCUACAACAGCACCUGCGGACGUUUCCGCAUUCACCAAACAUCCUCUGGGCUUUUUCAAGGCACGCAAACCGUUGUGGUGGGCGUGGUGGCUCUUUCGGGCGGGCGCUUUGAUCGGUGUCCUGGUGGCAUUUGUGGUGCUCCUGAACAACUUUUACAAGUACCACGACACGUGCUCGUGGUGUAAAUACCUGAGUUGCUUGCCUAUCAAGAAUUGGUGCGACAUUGGCAAUCUGCAACUGAGCAAUUCCACGAGCAGCAACAAUUCGACUUCAAGCAAAAGGGAUUUACUGGAAGUGGGGUCGAUGCUGAUGGGAGAUUUAUUCGCGGUCGAUGGGAUCUGAUGAGCUUGAUGAGACUGCUACAAUAAUGACGAUAUUGGAGUCUUGCGCUCGGAAACUUGAUUUGCAUACAAUGGUGGGUGGAACUAUGCAUUAACGACUCAGCAAUAUAUACCUGUAAUCACCAGAAUGUGAAUUUAUAAUGCAA